AAUUGCUAUUGCGAUGUUGAUGUUGAAUUACGUUCUGUUGGUUUGCGCGGCGCUGUGCAUAGCCAAAGACGAGAUUAAUCUGAAAAACGCGACGGCUAAAGAGGAUAAGGAGAAGAGCAAGAGUUUGGAUCAUCCUCUGAGGACGGAGGUGAGGAAGUAUUUGAAGGAGUGCGGAGCGGAUGUAUCUGAUGGGGAUGAAAGUUCCGAGGAGGAGACUAAAGUAGAUCGGAUGGAUGUGAGGAGACGCGGAACUUAUCCGGAGAAUUACUCUGCUUGGUACGAGGAGAACCAAAAGAAGAACAAGAGGAAGUUAAGGGACGUCACGUUGUUAGACAGGAAUCGCUCAAAGUUUGACGGUUACAGGGAUCGCAAUAACCGUCGAGGAAACAAGAACAAUCAGUACGAUGAUUACGAGGAUGGAGACAACGACGAUGAAGGUGGCUGCAACAGUGGCAACGGAAAUAAUCGGAAUAACAGAAAUCGCGGUAGGAACAAGAAUAGAAAUGGAGGUAACAGAAAUGGAAAUCAGGAUAGGAACAGGAACAAAGGAAACAACAAUAACAAGAAUAACAGGAACGAGUACAAUAGGUAUGAUCCUUAUGGUAAUAGGUACGAUGGGAAUGAAGAUUUCGGUUUGUACGGUUGGGGCUCCAAUCGUGGUUACAGUUUGUACGGUGGAAGGAUGAUGCUGUUACCGAACAGAACUGAAGAAAACGCAAGAACGAAGAGACAUAACGACGACGAUUUUCAGUGCUUAAGCCAAUGCGUGUUCGGGUAUCUCGGAAUGUUGGACGAUGAUCGAGUUCCGUCGGAAACUGAAUUAACGAAAUUCAUACAGAACAGCGUCCAAAACAGCUCGAAAAGAAUGCAGGCAAUCAGAGACGCUCGCAGGUGUUUUGCAACUCUAUCCGCCUCAGAUACUGAAGAUGGUUGCAAAUUCUCCAAGUUAUUAGGCAAUUGCUUGAAACUGGAAAUUCCAGAUUACAGUUAAAACAAAAAUCGAUGAUAUCGAGCAUUGUAGAAGGACUAC